CUCCCAAGAUAGUAGACCAAGACCGAUGGGUUUAUUAGGGUUAUUCUGCGUUCUCGUGAAAUUAUUCAUUUAAAUAACAAUAUAUUAAUAAAGAGAAAAUGUCUAAGGUGCAGAAAAUCAGGUAACAAGUAAAUUUUAGAGGCAUGUCUCCUAACUAUAAGCUGAUUUACUUCAAUGCUAGAGGGCGAGCCGAGCAUAUCCGUUUUAUAUUCGCUUAUGCUGGUGUCGACUACGAGGACGAAAGGAUCCCGAGAGAAAAAUGGCCGGAAAUCAAAAAAAGAACGCCGUUUGGAAUGCUUCCAGUCCUUGAAAUAGAUGGAAAAGCUGUGGCUCAGAGCAAUGCGGUGGCAAGAUAUCUAGCAAGACAAUAUGGAUUAGCAGGACGAAAUGAAUGGGAAGCUUUGCAAUGUGACGUCUUGGUUGACACUCUAGGAGAUCUCAAACAGGUUCUUGCACAAUUUCGAAUGGAACAAGACCCGAUAAAGAAGGAAGAAAAGAAAGCCCGUUUGAUGAAGGAAACAAUACCUUUUUAUUUAUCCAAAUUCGAGAAAAUGCUUUCGGAAAAUAAUGGAUUUUCAGUAGGAUCUGAGAUAACCUGGUGCGAUUUUGUAUUCGCCGUAUCCCUCGAAAACUUCGAACACAUCUUUGGCAAGGCCGCUUUGGAUCAGUAUCCGGCUCUGAAAGCUCUAAAAAUAAAAGUCUAUAACAUUCCUAGUAUAAACGCAUGGGUGUCGAAACGACCCGCCACCGAAUCAUAAACUGUUUUCACACAUUUGUACAUAUUUCAGUUGGGGACUUUGUAAUUGGACGAGCAAUUACAUUCCGGCCUUAAUCAGUUUUGUUCAACUUUUGGUUUCGACGGGAAAGCAUUUUCUACAAACAUAUCACCAGAUAUUCCAAAAUAAGUUUUUAGAAGAGCGAACGAGUUCACAAAAUGUAUCUAGUUGUAAGAUUAAGUAUGUGUUCAAAAUCUCAAAUUUACAAACGAGUUGUCUAUCAGUGUGUACAAUGUAAACAUGGUAUACUGCUAUAAAAUACAAUAACAAAACUUGUACAUAGAAUCAAAAAUUUUAGAGGAUUAUUUUUUAGGAACUUUUAGAAAAGCACGCUACUUGUUAUAUUUUUAUAUUAUAUUUAUAUUUGUAAAAAUAUAAAAAACGCCAUUUUAUUUUAUUUAGUAGAAUCACCAAAUCAAUGUAGGUAUAUGUAAUGGCUCAUGUAAAAACGCUUUAUAUUGCUGUUCGAUAGAUUUAGUAAUUGUUGAAUUAUUUAAUAGGUGUUGUUAAUUACAAUGGGUUUAUUUUAGUUUUUUCAUUACGUAUGUAAUAUUUGUUAUUUCAUAGAAAUGUCUAGUUGUUUAAUAAAAACCUCAA